CAGGGCAGUGCUAACAGAAAUACAUUUUUUGUGCCCGAUUCUUCAACGCAGGAAUCACUUUUGAGGCACAUCGCGAUGAACAAGUUCUCAUUUGCUCCUAGAAACAUCACUUGGUUAUGGAAUGGAAAACCCAAUCCAGUCUAUGCUCAUUUGGACCUGGAAGACGGCGAAGAAGGAGUUUCCAGGCGGGACGAGGUCAUUAGAACACCCUUUUCAUCCUCUCAGCGAGGUUCCAAUCUCCGACAAUAUUCGACGGUCUUGUUUUGCUUGAUUCUCGUUGUUGGGUCAUUGAUGGCCUCUUUUUAUUUGGGCCAACGACUAGCUAUAAAUGAACACCAGAGCGUCCAUUUACGGUCAGACUUGAUUUGGGGGGAAGUUCCCCUUAGAAAAGUUCGAUGGAUCAACGAUGAGAGGUUCAUGAAGACUGACCCAACGAAGGGCCGCUUCUUCUCAAAUAAAGCGGGAAAUUGGACGGUCUGGGACGAAAUCCAUCGUGGUUCAUGGAUCCAACUCUCUCCGUCCGAGAGUCAAGGGAUCUCAGGGGGGCUACCAUUGAGCCUUUACUCAGAGAAUGGUACCUGGCCAAAUGGGAAAGAGGGCUAUGUACCCUCAGUUCUCCAUCAGCUUCAUUGUGUUGGUAUGAUGAAUCAUUGGAAGAUACAAUUGAUGGAUGGUAUUAUAUUGGAUAAGGAGACACUGGGACACAUGGGUCACUGUGUGGAAUUCAUCCGACAUGCAAUUCUUUGCUUUGGGGACACAACUUUGGAAAAGCCGGCUGACCACUCGCAAUUCGUGCAUGUGGAUUAUGAAAGCUCGGAGCAUUUAUGCCGCGACUGGUCAUACAUCUCAGCCCAAUUUUGGGAUUCAUCGAUUGACUUUGUUUGGGGUACCGAGAAGCCCAUGACCGUUUUUGAAAAUGUCGAUGCAGCUAAGGGCAACCCACAAGGCCCAACAAUAACUCCAGACGAAAUGGCCUAGGCCCUUUGAGCCAUUACUUCAUGUGUGCGUGGGUCCCAGAUCAAAAGCGAAGCCGAAGCCGAAGACCCUCGGGUGUCUUGAAGCAGACAACCAGGUAUAGUGUGUAGGGAGACGUCAGUGACGCUAGAGGAGGAUUUGGGAUAGCUGAAGGAACAACAGGGCUUGCAUACGUUAUGUUGGAACUGCAUAUCGGUUGUUGAUCGACGAUCGAAGUCAAAUAUGUUCGCCAUGUUAGAGUAAUAGAUAAACUCGCUAUGGUAUCCUUUUGGUUGUUGAUGGCUAUGUAAACCGCCUUACUCGUUAAUCUGACUGG